UUUGCUUAAAGGGGAGUUCAUCGUUUCCUCAUAUUCUGAUCUCUAGACGAUUUUCUCUCUCUUCAUCACUGUUAUCUCUCCUCUGAAUUAUUGCCAUGGCUAAGAGCUCAUUCAAGAUGGAACACCCACUUGAAAGGAGGCAGGCUGAAGCAGCUCGUAUAAGAGACAAGUAUCCUGAUAGAAUUCCAGUAAUUGUUGAAAAGGCAGAGAAGAGUGAUGUUCCUGAGAUUGAUAAGAAAAAGUAUCUUGUUCCUGCUGAUUUGACUGUUGGCCAGUUUGUUUAUGUGGUGCGGAAGAGAAUCAAGCUGAGCCCAGAGAAGGCCAUCUUCAUUUUUGUUAAGAACAUUUUACCACCAACUGCGGCCAUGAUGUCUACAAUUUAUGAGGAAAAUAAGGAUGAAGAUGGAUUCCUGUACAUGACUUACAGUGGGGAAAAUACAUUUGGGAUGAUGAUCUGAAAUAAUUCGUGUCAGGCAACUAUGUGAAUAAAACUGUCUGAAAUGUGAACAAGUCACAGCUUAAUUGUAAAUUCUCAGGUUUGAUCUGUUUCUUGUAAAGUUUAUUAACUGAUUGAUGUCAAUCGUUGUGCGUACUGGAACUUAUUUGAAAAUUGCCUUAUGUUUCUAUCA